ACAUGACACUAUUAUGAAGAUGGCGUUUAUUAAAGAAGAGAAUGAAGACAUGAAGGUUGAAGAAACAUUCAGAGUGAAACAAGAAGAUACUGAGGAACAAACAGACCUGAUACCGCUGAAAGAGGAGAGUGAAGUACUAGAUGAAAUGCAAGAGAAAUAUCAAUCUGAGAAACAUCAUGGUUACAUAACAUCCAGAGAGAUUAAAAAUACUUCCUCACGAAACAGAGCUCAGAAGACCAAACCUAACAGUUACCUCACCUGCCAUCAGUGUGGAAACAGUUUCACUCAUAAACAAAGCCUUGAAAUCCACAUGAGAGUUCACACUGGAGAGAAGCCUUUCACCUGCCAACAUUGUGGAAAAAGUUUCACUCAAAAACAAAACCUUACAGUCCACAUGAGAGUUCACUCUGGGGAGAAACCUUACACGUGCCAUCAGUGUGGACAGAGUUUCACACAUAAAAAAAACCUUAAUACCCAUAUGAGACAUCACACUGGAGAGACUGCUUUCACUUGCAAACUAUGUGGCAAGGACUUCACACGAAAAGAAAUUCUUAAUUCCCACAUGAGAAUUCACACUGGAGAGAAGCCAUUCAUUUGUGCUCAGUGUGGACAGAGUUUCACACAUAGAAAAAACCUUAAUACCCACAUGAAAAUUCACACUGGAGAAAGUCCUUACACCUGCCAACAGUGUGGAAAGACUUUCACUCAAAAAGGAAGCCUUAAAAGCCACUUGAUGAUUCACACUGGAGAGAAGCCUUUCACAUGCCCUCAAUGUGGAAAGAGUUUUACACAUAAAGGAACCCUUAAUGCCCACAUGAGAAGUCAUACUGGAGAGAAGCAUUUCACCUGCCCUCGAUGUAGAAAGAGUUUUACACAUAAAGGAACCCUAUAUAACCACAUGAGAAUUCACUCUGGAGAGAAGCCUUUCACAUGCCCUCAAUGUGGGAAGAGUUUUACACAUAAAGGAACCCUAAAUAGCCACAUAAGAAUUCACACUGGAGAGAACUGCUUAUGCUGUUUUUGAGCAUA